AUGUACACUCUGUCACGAGCUAAAGCAUUCCCUGCAGUGUUGUCAAAGCCAACAGUCGCUGGUCUUCCGUCCGAUGACGAUAUGGGUGUCGUGAGCGUUCUUGUAUUCUUUGGCAUGCUCGAAAUGGGUGUCGCCUUGGUCGCUAUCUGUCUGCCGAUCAUGUACCGUCUCCUGCGAAAGUUCUCGCCCUGGAGCAUACUCCAGAGUUCCAAGUCGGUCGUGAAGCUGAGUAGUCGAUGGACAUCCCGCGGCGAGCGCGGCACAGGUCAUGAUAUUACCGCGCCCAGCUGA